GAAGAACUUGCCAGAUUGGAUAAGAGCCUUACUCGUUUCACUGAACAUGCCAAGGACAAUCGAGAGCUGGCCAGAAUACGAGAGAACCUUCGUCGCUACUUUAACAAAGAGUUCGAGAGAAUGAGAAGUUUCAACGAACAGUUUUAUGAGAAAUAUGGAGGUCUCAUCUCCCGGCGACGGGGUUUCAACGACGGGGAAGAAGCAGUGCGAAACUUCGUCAAAAACUUCCGUAGACUAUUGCAGAGGCAACGCUCGAAGAGGCUCAGCGACAGGAGUGCAAGAGAAUCUUCGUCGACGCUCACCAAAAAAAGGACGGAGAACGGAGAGACAACCAUCACUGAUGGCCGCGGAGAUCCCACCACUGGAAGUGGUCCAUUCCACGUAAAGUCUUAA